GUUUUCGUCAGCUGCUCAACUCGUAAACAAACAAACAAACGAUGUUUGUUCAAGUUAAACGGUUGUUUAAACAGCAGAGCGAAAAGACGAGUUUUAUUGACAGUUUUUAGUGUCUCGUCUUCAGUUUGUUUCCAUAUGAACCGAUGAUGUUUUCGCGGUGUUCAGGCUAAUUUCUUAACUUUAACAGAAGAUACUUCUCAACGUCCGUUUGUUUUGAGGUCCACUCUCGAGACGCCGGACAGAUGAGAGGAAGAGGAGCACAGCCUUCAUCAUCAUCUUCAGGUAAACCAGUCACUCAGGAUCAGACCAGGAUGGCUCUGAGGAAGCAAACAGCCAAGGAUGUGAGUGACGUUCCCUCUGAGAGCCGACAGAUCGACGAGGACACGCAGGAGGACGAAGCCAUUGACGACGCAGACGCCAAGGUAGAGAGCUGUGAGGACGAGCUCUCAUCAUCUCUUCUGUCGCCGGCAUCAGCGAGACAAAAACGCAUGAGAGAGAGGGAAAACAAAUCAAAAACCAAAGAGAUGACAGAGGAGGAGAUGAUGGACCUGGCCUUACGUCUGAGUGAACAGGAAGCCAGUAACACGGCGCUCAGGCUGCAGCAGGAAGAGGAGGCCAUGAUGAAAGCCAUCCAGGAGAGCAUGGUCGGCCAGACGCAGCAGUGCCCGCCGUCCCAAAGUCAAAGCCUCCUCGCCGAAGCCUCGCUCAGGCUCUGCCCUCGACGGAAACUCCUGUACUCAAACGGGAAGAGGACGUCGGCCGUGGAUCAGGGAGCGUCGGAGGAGACAGACCUGAACCGAGACGUGAAAGGAACUGGAAGUGAAAAUAACAACAGGAAUAAAAAGCGGAGAAGGAAAGAAGGAAGUCCUCUGCUGGAGAUGCCGGACUUGUCUCAGACUCAGGCUUCACCCUGCAGCUCAGAGUCAGAGUUAGUGCUGCUGGACUCUCCACAGAGCUCCGAUUCGACUCAGAUCGACGACUGUCAGCUCCGUAAAUCCCCCGUCUUCCCGUUGACCGGCUGCAGAGCCGAGGUCCACGUCCCCCGGUUGAACCAAGGCCUUCUGGAAACCUGCAGAACCUCAGGGUUUGUGUUGUGCUCUCAGGACAGUCAGACCUCGACCCAGAAGCCACUGCCUGCUCAGCCCAAGAGCCCGACGUUUCCCAAAAGCUCCGGUCACCUCACAGCGUGUCCUAAAAGUCCUGACUUCUCAGAGACCGAUCAGGGCGACGAUGCAGAGACACAGCUGAGUCCUGAGUAUCUUAAAAGUCCCGUAUUCGGCCGGAGUACUCGGUCUGAGACGUCUCCAAGUGCCUGCAAACCGCAAGUCUGCAACACAACCUGUGAAAACUCAGGGUUCACGUUCACCUCUCAGGAGAGUUUAACCUCCACCAUCAGGUCCACGUCCUGUCGGCCCAAGAGCCCGGUGUUCCCGAGAAGCCCCAGUCGUCCUGAGGACCCCCUUCCUCCGUCAGUCCGCAAAAGCUCUGUACUCCCAAAGACUGACCGAGGACCAACUGGGGAGAGUCAGGGUCGCUCUGCCAGCCCGGUGUUUGGCAGGACAGGACGACAACUGAAGACUCAUCUCAACAAGGAGAAGGUUCCCGCCGCCAUCAGGGAUCCUGCUCAGAGUCUGACACAGGACAACAAGAUCGAUCGCAAUCAAGUCAGCAGCCUCAACAAGACUAAUACGUCGUCAGAUGACGAUGUACAGGAGCUGAACGCGACAUCUAAAGACUGUAACUCUUUAGAGGAGAAGGAGCUGACCAGUGAUAUGACGCUGCUCUGGUCGGACGAGGACGAGGACGUCACGCCGGUGGGUUCUCCGAGCCCGGUCUUUCCAGAGGAGAGACCCGUCCAUCAGGCGACAGUCGGGCUGCAUCUUUGAAUCAUGUAACAGCAGCUUCUCCAGGGACGAACUGCAGCCUCAGGUGCGUCUCACGCCGGAGUCUCAGCACGUUAAACAACCGGAGCCCAAACAAAGACGUCUCGCCCGGACCUUCUUCCUCUUCUGCGUCUACCUGUGGACAGCAGCAUCAGGGGCGGUGAGAAGGGCGGUGGACCCACCUGGGGAACCUGCAGGCGGGCCAAUGGUCCACUACUACUGGGGGGUUCCCUUCUGUCCACGAGGCCUGGACCCAGAUGCCUACACACAGGUGAUCGAUAAUGUGUCG